AUGCACAUCACAGACAAGUUUCUUCUUGCAUUUGCUUUGGGGCACCUUGUAGAAGGAUCUCCACGACACCUUGAAUCAGCGACAGUGACGGUUGACACGAACACCAAGUAUCAAGAAGUUGAUGGAUUUGGCUGCUCGCAAGCUUUCCAACGUGCCGAAGAUGUAUUUGGUAAAUAUGGGUUGCCUGCAGUCAAUCAAACACUGGUGUUGAAUCUUCUUUUCGACAAGACUAUCGGAGCGGGUUUCACCAUCCUUAGAAAUGGUAUCGGCUCCAGCAAUUCAUCAGCAAGCAACUUUAUGAACUCAAUCGAGCCUUUCAGCCCUGGCUCCCCAUCGUCUAAGCCCAAAUAUGUAUGGGAUGAAUAUGAUAGUGCCCAAUUUCCAUUGGCUGAGAAUGCCUACGCGCGCGGGCUUUCGUCUCUAUACGCCAACGCCUGGAGUGCUCCGGGCUACAUGAAGACCAACCUCGACGAGAAUAAUGGUGGCUACCUCUGCGGUGUGACGGAUACCUCCUGUGCCUCAGGAAACUGGAUGCAGGCCUAUGCGAACUACCUUGUCCAGUACAUUCGGUUUUAUAGACAGUCCGGUGUUGAGGUGACCCAUCUGGGCUUCCUCAAUGAGCCCCAAUUGGCUCCUUCCUAUGCUGGUAUGCUAUCGAAUGGCACUCAAGCCGCAGACUUCAUCCGGGUCUUGUCUCGAACCAUCAAGAAGGCGGGGAUUGAUGUCAAGCUCACCUGCUGUGAUGGCAUGGGCUGGGAACUCCAGGCCGAAAUGAUGCCAGGGCUCCACGCUGGUCCUGAUCCGGCCAUCAACCAUCUGUCCGUUAUCACGGGGCAUGGCUACGACGGUGCCCCUUCAUUCGAACUUGACACCGAUUUGAAGGUCUGGGAGUCUGAGUGGGCUGAUUUGACCGGUCAAUUUACGCCCUACACCUUUUACGAGAAUGGUGCCGAAGGCGAAGGUUUGACGUGGGCUCGUCGCAUUCAAGUCGCCUUCACGGAUGCCAAUGUCAGCGCAUUCCUGUACUGGAUCGGUGCCGAAAACUCGACCACCAACAGUGGCCUGAUAAAUAUGAUUAACAAUGAGGUGAUUCCGUCCAAGAGAUUCUGGGCCUUUGCUCAGUUCAGCAAAUUCGUGCGGCCCGGUGCUCGGCGAGUCCUCUCUUCCAGUUCUCAACCAGACAUCACAACUAGUGCUUUCGUAAACACCGACGGCGUGGUGGCGGCUCAGUUGAUCAACAAUGGUACAUUGGCGUACGACUUUGAACUUCAAAUCCCGGGCCUCAAAAAGGGGACCCAUGUGCGGCCAUAUCUUACCGACAAUGAAAACGACCUGCUGUCUCUAUCUUCACUAGUUGUACAAAAGGGAGGGAAGGUUGCAGGGGCUAUUCCUGCUCGUUCCAUGCUCUCUUUAGUGUCUAACAACUAG